UGUGCCCCGACCCUAUCCCCCUUCAGUCAGGAGUAUUUGCCCAACUUUAACCCCAUAGCUCUGAAGGACUCGGCUCUGUCCACCAAUAAACCCAAUGAGGUGCGCGGCCAGGGAGGCAAGGCCACUAUCAUCCACGCUCUCUACAACACCCCCAUAUCCAUGUACUCUCAGGACGCCAUCAUGGACGCUAUUGCAGGACAGUCACAGUCCAAGGGCCAUGACGGCGGUUCCCUGCCUGUGAAGGACCCGGUGGUUGACAGUGCGUCUCCAGUCUACCAGGCUGUGAUCCAGCAACACGACAUAGACGAGGAGAUGGCCGAGUUGGCCAGACGGGCUGCCAAUCUGCAGUCCAAGAGCUUCAGGAUCCUGGCCCACCUCGCCGGCACAGAAUACAUGCAAGACCCAGAUGAGGAGGCCCUGCAGAGAUCAAGGGAUAAGUUUGAGUCGGAGGUGAAAGGACCUCGCUUUCGCAAGCUGAAGAACUGGCACAACGGUCUCUCAGCUCAGAUCCUCAAUAUCCCUGAGACUCCCUUCUAAUUGAUCUGUCAGAUCUAUCCUUUACCGUUGGAAUGCUUAGAAUAUUUGGAAUGCUUAGAAUGUUUGGAAUGUUUAGAUUUUUAGAAUGUUUAGAAUGUUUAGAUUUUUUGAAUGUUUAGAUUGUUUGGGAUGUUUAGAAUGCUUAGAAUGUUUGGAAUGUUUAGAUUUUAGAAUGUUUAGAAUGUUUGGGAUGUUUAGAAUGUUUAGAAU